AUCAGCGGCUGAAAUGUUAUAUGGCUUAAUUCAUGCUCGCUACAUCAUUACGAAUCGAGGUUUGCAGGCAAUGUACGAAAAGCUCACCUCAGCAUCUUUUGGAAAGUGCCCCAGGGCUUUUUGUUCAGGACAGCCUGCGUUACCCAUUGGCCGGCACAGAUACAGAACAUGUUUCCAAAAAAAGUUCCUUAUUUCUUUCCUCCUAGGUCGGAUGUGCCAAGGAACUACACGGUGCAGAUUUUUUGCCCCAUGUGCCAUGAUAUCUUCACUCCGCGAUCAUCACGAUCAGCUUCAAUAGAUGGAGCCUACUUUGGAACAACAUUUCCUCAUCUCUUCAUGCUAACAUUCCCUGAAUGUAUUCCUAAAAAGAGCUCGCAGUACUUUGUUGCUUUCAGAGUAAAUGAUAGAACUCCCAAGGGCCUCUUUCACUAAAAGUCCCAGGUCCCUCGUGUAUUUGGAUUUCGGAUACACAAGAGUAGUCCAUACUACGCUGAUUCUGCUCUUUCUUCAUCCCAGGUUAAACGUCGCCAAAAGCCACUACGGAGGGCCAAGUCAAAACCGAUCGUAUUGUGAGUGCUGGUUAGUUUGUAAUUCUUCUUCGCUGGUUCGACUUUCAUGUAAUCACAUCCGUGAGCGCGGUGACUGGAAAUUUAAAUACAAUCCAGGACUCCGGGGUUCAGUGCAAUAAUAGGACGGACCCAUCUGCAGCUUCAUAUUUGUAUGUGCAACUUAAUGAAGUCUUAAUGCACUUAGGUGGCCCCUCUUCCCGCCGCCUAGUGUAAUUUUAUGCUGGCAGGCUCGCGAGUAAGUUGCAUUGGGGUAAUAAUGGCGACCAUGCCUGUUCUCAGUAGCCGCGGCCUAGAUCACGACAGCGUUUUUAAAAGCGGAGAGUUCAGGGUAUUAGAGGCCCGUCAGCUGGCCCGUCACUGCCAGUGUGACGGUUGGAAUUUUUAAUUCCAGCCAUCUAGGCCCUAGGUUUGAAUUUCUUUACGAAACUGAAAGUCAUUAUCUGCUUCAAAACUUUUAGAGCAUUAACCUAUCAAUUAGAUAACUGGAAAAGCAAUUCGUCCAAUCAGCUGCCAGUGCGGCGACUUUUGCCAGUGACUCGGAGGUGAUGACCGGUGAAUUUUGGUACCGUUCGGCACCUUCCGGUCCCCGGGGGGGCGAAAGCAACCUCACUUUGCCAUACAAUAAUGGGGUCUCGCUUCACGCAGGUCCAGUCCGCGUCCUUGGGGCCUCGCAGAAGCUGAGAUCUCGUCAAAUCAUUGAUGAUCGCGUGCUAAGCGGGGCGCGAUCGACCGCCCCGGCCGCCGAUGCUGCCAAAUUCACGCUCACUCACUGGUCAGCGUCGAUAGACUCCCUUCCCUGGUGAGAUACGCCUGGACUUGAUAUAGAUCGCUAAGGUACUGUGACUACAACUUAGGCCUAUGUAUCCCGCUCGCGCGGCAGUAACGCGCGGCAUGGAUUCGCCGAUCCUACCAAGUGGUUCCUCCAACCGGCUCGAUCCUGUGAAAAUUGCUCAUUUCGGUCCUCCUGGAUUGCUCGCAGAUGUUCUCCCUGCUUGCCUCGAGCCGGCAAGAUAUCACUUUAUUGGCACAGCACUUGGCAGUGGCCUAAGGCCCAAAGCGUCAGACUUAUUGGACGCAGACGUUGUUCUGCUCUGGGUUGCGCCCCAGCCUCCCUCGUUGUCUUUGCUAGACGAUAUGCACGCGAUCCUGGUUCUUUUGCGGGAAACAAAACGAUCACGACCGCAGAGAGUAGUAUUGAUAUCUAAUCUUCUGAGUUGGGGAGCAUGUCCGCUUCUCGGUGAAAACUUUCACGCCGGCGACAGCAUCAGGGCAUCGGAGGAUACUUACCUUGAUCGAAGAUGUUGGCCAAGUUGCGAAGGAUUGAUGGCAUUAGAGGCGCAUGUGAUGCGAUUGGAGGGGCCGACACUGCAUGCAUGUGUAAUUGCAGCUGGUGUGACCUAUGGUGCCGGUGAAGAAAGCUUCUUUAAACUUGUUCGUGAUGCCUACAACUUUAAUCUGAUGGUGCUACCAGCGUCAGGUGCGAACGUGAUACCCUCUGUCCAUGUUUGUGUCUUGUGCACCUUCAUUUGCUUUCUCCUUGAUUCAGAUUCACAAUUCUUUCCCAAGCCGUAUCUUAUUGCGUGUGAGCCGCGAUCGGCCACAUUAAAGGAGAUUGCCUUUGCCUUUGUCAGAGAGUGGCAUAGACGCGCUGGACGUGCUGCAGGGGAUGGGGGUUCCACUUUGCUGUCAGGGCAAGUCAGUGAAGGCAAUAGUCGCGCGACUAAUAAUGUAUCGCAACUCGAUUUCUGUCGCCGCUUCAAGGACCCUUCAGAAGGCUGUGAGGUGUGCUUUGCAUAUCCCGCAAGCAUUGUGCUUGCACUGGACUGUGCUGGUCUUCAGAUUGCCGGGGGCAUAUUUGAGCAGGCGAUUGAUACACCAGGGGCCCGCCCCUUCACAUGUGGGCUUGUAAGCAGCAUCGUCGGGGUUGUAGAUGAAUUUAUUGAGGCUCGAGGUCUGACUCCACGUCGCAUCUGGGUUCUACGACAGCCGGGGCGGACACAAGCACAGAGAGCGGUGGCCAAGUUUAUUUCAGAGCAGUUUAAGUUUACUUUAAUUGAUGCAGACAAUAGUUUGAAAUGGGUGCUUGCUCAGUCGCAACAUAGUGCCUCUUCUGGAUCAGACAGUGUCAAUGAGGACAAGGCAGCAUAUACUCUUUUGCCGCAAAGUUCCAUUGACAGUGAAGUCUGGAAGCUUCAGGAGGAGAUCCGUGCCCUUCUACCUGGUCACAAUGCUGACGUUUGUUCAGCUGCAUUACCGCUGAGGCUAGUGUCAAGAUGCAUACGCGUGCGGCUCUUGGAUCCAGUCCUAGUAACGCAUAGCUAUGUCCUCGACGCAUGUCCAGCUUCUCCUCUCAUGUUAAAGUAUAUAUUUAUACCGGAGUGUGAAGUCGACGGCAGCAAAAACAUAUGCUUAAGUCCACUUCUUGCUCCUUCGCAUAUGGUAAUACUCACUGAACCCUCUGUAGUUCCAAAAAAUGCAACACCCGAGCAAAGAGAAUGGAUUUCUUUGCAAGCUUCGGACUGGCGAUUCCAAGGCGACUCAAAAAUGCAUACUCAUCUUUCCAUGAUACCUUCCCUGGUCGACCUGUUUGAUGACACUGUGCAUCCACUAGCUAUCCCACUCGCCGACCUAGCUCUCGAUGUUUCCAACAAUUGGACUUCAUUGGACGAUCUUAGUCCUUGGUGGGUUUCAAAGAACACAAGUGGUUGCUCGAAUAAUUUAACAUUGCCAAAUCCGUCUACACCCUCCUGGCAAAGGGAGAUUAUUAAGCUCCUUCAUUGGGUGCACCCAGUCCCCAAGGCGAUCGCUGCGACUGAUAGGCACAACCGCGCCCUGAAUUUUUUUCGUGUAACCAAGCCUGGAUCAAAGAAAUCAUGCGGUAUCCAAGAAGAGGCUGUAUCUCGACAAUCAUGCACGUUUUUAGCCAAACAAAGUCCGUUUAAUCAGAUUGUCACUGAUGAUAAUGAGAAACUUCUGAUUCAUUCAUCAGGCUUGAGGCACUUCCUACUGUCAGUUAUGGACCACGUCGCCAAGGCAAUGCUGGAGACUAUGCGACCAUCUGGACCCAAGGGGAAGAUUGAAAGCCUGGGUGAUGUGCUAGCCAGGAGGGCCCAGCAUCUAGAGGCGUGCGCCUGUGCGUACGCAUAUCUUCGUUACCGCUCAUCUCUGGGUAAGUUACAUGAAUUCCGACAAUGUGAAGAUGAUGGUGACAGUAGCUAGUUUCCUGACGCGGGAGGUAGCCAAAGAAAAUGGUGUGUGUAUCCGUUUGUCUUGCUGCGCAGGGAAUGGAUGGAGUCUAGGGAUUCCGCACGGAGCAAGAGAAGCGACGUUUUUAUAUAUUGUAUAGAUGUGCACUGGAUAAACGGUAGCGCAGGAGACCACCAGAUGAUUGCGUUCUAGAAGUAAGGGCAGCUAGUGGCUCGUUACUCAGCUGAUAUAGGGGCAAGAUCGUAGCUCCAGGGCCCGACGGGUGUUUUGAAAUCAUCGACAACAUAACAAUUUCAAGGACUCCUGCUGACACGCACAAGAUUAGGCUUUGCCGCGGGCCUGAACAGAGGAAACAACCUUCGAAAAACAACUCGGCGGUGUGAAGGCAGAAAACACUCUGAUUGAGUCGGAUUCGGCGCCACCGUGACAUGUGCCGUGACAUGUGCCACUGCGGGAUAUUACCAUGGGUACUGUUCGUGUUAAUUGGCUACAUCGAGUUUCCGAGGCACCUAAUCAGCUUGAAUUCGGAGCCUAGGAUCCAUCGGCUUCAGAGCUAGCUCAGGACGCCUCGACCACGUCUUGGAGGCACAGCCGGGGUCGAUGAAAUGAGCCUCAGUCCGAAUCCAGCCCGCAAUUUUCCUUCAUCUGGACUUUGACCAUGAGAGCCCAGGACAAUCCAUUGGUUUUCCGUAGGCAGCAACCAUUUCCCAGAUAGACGCCCAAAAGAGUCCGGAAGAACCUAGCAGAGGCAUUCUGAGUUUGUGGAAGUCUGAGGGGUCCGUGGCUACCUUCGGCUUGCCUUUGCAGGCUUCACUUCAAUUUGGCUAUGUACUAUUUUGGCCAUGUUGGAGUUUUGCGAUGACUUCUAUAAAUAAACUACCUUUAGUAUGAUUAAUAAUACAAAAA